GCGCGGGGCGGGGCUGCGGCGGGGCUGCGGGCGGCGAGGCCAGUGGUGAUCCCCCCUCCCGGCUCCCGGACCCCGCGGAGCGGCCGCCGCCAUGGAGGGUCGCAAGGAGCUGGAGGCCGAGAUCCGCCCGCUGAAGAAGGAGGAGGAGGGGGGGGCGGCGGCGGCUGCUGCGGCCGUGGGGGGGGAGCGGGCCGGGCCCGCCAAGAAAGCCGCCGGGCGUUUGUCGCGGUGGCGCACGGCCGCCUUCUUCCUGUCGCUGUUCCUGUGCCUGGCGGUGGUCUUCGCCUUCUCCUUCAUCAUCCCCUGCCCGGUGAGGCCCGUGUCGCAGAGGACCUGGAACGCCGCCUUCGCCGGCGCCGCAGCUUACAAGUUUUUAGAAGUGCAGGACGUGGAUGGGGAUAGAGUGCAAGAUGUCCUCUUUGCCUUCAGAGCUUCGGAGGGCUCCCACAACAGCAGCAGCAGCAACACAAGCCAGUCCUGCUCUGAAGGAGGCUUCCCGCCGCCCUGUGCCUUCAUAGCAGCUGUUUCAGGCACCAACGGCAGCACACUCUGGGAGGAGCCUGUGGCCGAAGACCUCCAGUUCAUGGACUGCUCUUUUAAGUAUGGCAACUCCCAAGGCUGCCUUGUGGUCGGGAAGCCAGCCUCUCUAGCGGCAGUUGACCUGAAGACAGGCAAGACAGUAUGGAGAGUGACAAACAACCUUGGAAUGAAUUCUACGGCGCUCAGUCCCUUGCUGAUAAUCCCAGAUGUCAGUGGGGAUGGCGUGUUAGACCUCCUGGUUUUUGCUGCAGUGGGAGAAGAGAUUCAGAGUAGCUUCUACUCCGGGAAGACUGGUGAGGCAAUUGGAUCCGGUGGAAGCCUGCCUCUGCCAGGGAGGCGUGGCCACCUCAUGCAGGUCACCAAGACAGGGGCCCACUAUGUGCUUUUCUACACAGUCAAUGCGCUGUAUGGCUACUCCUUGAAGCAGCUCUUCACCAUGGCAGCUGGGUCUGGCAGCCAUGAAGGGACCAGUCUGAAGGAGGACCCUCAGUGGCAGGCAGCCAUUGACAAGACCACACACAAUGUGCCUUUGCUCAGAACCGGAGAAAUCCGCUCAUUGAUGAAGGUGCCAGGAAAGUCGGGGACUGAUCUUUUGCUUGUGAGAUCAGCCAUGCUGGAGUUGCUGGAUGGGCAACGCCUGGACACCCUGUGGAGCAGUGUUGUGAUGCCCCCUAUCCUGAGCCAGCCGGUGCUUGGAUCCUUCACUCCUGAUGAGGUUGAUAUUGUAAUUGAAAGCCAAGUCACAACCAAGAGAAAGAAGUUACAGAUUGUGGAGGGCAGCUAUGGAAGCAUUAAAUGGGAGAUGGAUCUCCUCUGGAGAGUUGGGACUCCUGCCCCAAGCACGCUGCCCACAGCUGAUCACAGGUCUGUCUUCCUCUUCUGGGGCGACUACCAGCAAGGUGAUAAUGGAACGGCAUCGGAAGAGGCUUCCCAGAACCUCUACCUGUUCCACCCCUCCCUCCCUAAUGUGCUCCUGUGGAUGAACAACAGCACAGAGUCAAUUGUGGCCUUCCAGGCGGUGCUCUUUGAACGGAGCCGCCAUGCCUGCUAUGUGCUCCUGACGGGGCCCCAGACUGCCAGCAAUCCUGGAUUGGUGGUGCUGUCCAAACAGAAGCUGAAGGAGGACAUUGCCAAUAGCCACGUGAUCUGGCUGAACCAGCUCACCCAGGACACGGAGCAGAACGUCCGGGACCGCUUCCUCCGAAUGAGAUACCACAGCCCCUGAGGAGCCCCAAAGGAGAUACCACAGCUGCUCGGAGGCCCUGAGGCCUCAAAUCCUGACAAAGCCUUUGUGGAGUGGCCAGAAGAGGAGCUUGGUGGAGACCUCUGAAGCCAUGAGAAAGUCUGGCCAGGAUCCAUGGGGCUUUUGGGCAGAGGCAAGUGUCUUCUCUUCAGGCUGCCUCUGCUGUGGUGCCCUCCCCCGGUCAUGGGGGGAGGAUUCCUGCAGAAUGCUUUGCAUUAAGCAGCAGGUGAAUGGGUAGUCCUUUGGUUGACACUGGAACCAUCAAAGGAGGACAUCUCCAAGGUCAGAUUUCCCCAUGACCUGAAGCAGGGUCCAAGCACACCUUGCUGCCCAUUUCUACCUUCCCUCUGAUGGAGGCUCUACUUGCUUGUCUCUGGGGGAGCUCUUUGUCUCCUCUUCCAAAAAUGACAUCCCCAGGAAUGAUACGGUAGAGGAGCCCCUUAGAUCUACCCAGUUCUGGGCCAGUUCUGUGUUGCUUCCGUCUCCUCUUUCUCCCCCUCUUGCAGCGAGGGGGCACUUGGCUGUUUCUGGUGGUUAAGGAAAUUGUUCAUUUGUUUUGACCUUGUUUGAUGCCCCUUUGAUUACAGAUGUUUAACAUACCAA